CUGUAUAUCAAAAGACCUACCCAGAAACGAAAAAGAAAUCAACAAGAGUCCCCACUUUCUGCCGGACGUCGAGGGUUUCCUUCUUCGUUUCGCUCUGCCGGAUUUCUUUCUGUGGGUCUUCUUCUUCGUGGUGAUCAGACGAAGGGGAGGAGGAGGGGACCAGGAGGGUGAUGGCGAAGGACGAGGUGAAGACCGUGACGCUCAAGAGCUCGGACGGCGAGGUGUUCGAGGUGGAGGAGGCCGUGGCGAAGGAGUCGCAGACGAUCAGCCACAUGAUCGAGGACGGAUGUGCCGACUCCGGCAUCCCUUUGCCCAACGUCACUAGCAAGAUCCUCGCCAAGGUCAUCGAGUACUGCAAGAAGCACGUCGAGGCCCAGAAGAACACCGAAGACCGCACCCAGGAGGAGGAGCUCAAGACUUGGGAUGCCGAGUUCGUCAAGGUCGAUCAGGCCACGCUCUUCGAUCUCAUCUUGGCCGCCAAUUAUCUGAACAUCAAGAACCUCCUGGACUUGACGUGCCAGACAGUGGCCGACAUGAUCAAGGGCAAAACUCCCGAGGAGAUCAGGAAAACGUUCAACAUCAAGAAUGAUUUCACUCCCGAAGAAGAGGAAGAAGUACGGCGCGAAAACCAAUGGGCAUUCGAGUGAGAGCCUCAAGAGAUGGCGGCCAAACUACGUCCCUUGUUGUUUUUGGGACGCAGUGAGGUUAGAUAUUAAUCUUUGGUUCUGAACGUUUCACCGUCAUCUUCCCAUUUCCCGUUUUUGUGAACGCUUUUGAUUACUUGAUAUGGUGUAAAUAGGAUCAUGUAUGGCACUGGCAGUAGGAGCCCAAGAGGCCGGACCUCUUUUAUCCCGUGGGAUUAUAUACUCUCCUAGACCUUUGACUAUCUAUUAUGAAUUGUUUCUUCCCGGUA